CGUAACAGUUGCAUUUUUAACUGGCGAUAACCCCCUCAUGAACACGGAUCGUCACUGACCAUAUUUACUUUUGAGUAAAAAUAAAUAAAUAAAAUUAAGAUGGCCGCGGGUCGGUCUGUCAAGAAAAAUCAAAACAAGACGAGGAAAAGUCGACCCAAUAAACUCCAUUUGGUGUUUGAUGAAACCAAACGCAGGGAGUUUCUGACGGGUUUCCACAAGAGGAAACUGCAAAGGAAAAAAGAGGCGCGCGAAAAGUUGGAACGGGAGCUGAAAGAAGAGCGGAAACGCUUGAAAACGGAGGCGAAGGAAUCUUACAAAAAACUGGUGGUUUCACAUAGGCCUAUUCCAGAGUUGGAAACCCUCUUGAAAGAAGAAUAUGAAGAAGACAAUGCGACUGUUAGGAUUGAGGAGCUGUCUACUAAUAGUAUAGCUAGAGAAAGUAAUUGGAUUGGGGCCAAUCAACCAAAAUGCCAGUCAGAUGAUGAUGAAGAAAAAGAAGAAGAAGUGCCUGGAAUGGGUUUGACUAACACCAAAAAAGACAAAAAGGAGAUACAAGAAUUUGACACUGAACGAGACGUGAAGAGAUUGUUAAAAAAAGAAGCCACCAAGAAAGUAAAAAAGAGUAAAGUGUUUCAAAUGAAGAACAAGAUUGAGAAAGAGAAGCAAAAGAAAAAGUCCUUGCAGAUGAAGAAACAGAGAAUGAAGUUCAAGGAGAAGAAGUCGCGAAAGCGCCAUUAAUUUGUAUGUGUAUAUUGUCAAUAAAGUGUUUUAUAAAGUCA